AUGUCCAAGGACGACACCUGUAAAGUUACAUCUGCCAGCAAACACAAAGAGCGGAAGCCCAAGAAGCCUCACUAUAUUCCCCGACCAUGGGGCAAACCCUACAACUACAAGUGCUUCCAAUGUCCCUUUACCUGCAUGGAGAAGUCCCACCUGUACAACCAUAUGAAGUACAGCCUGUGUAAGAACUCUCUCUCUCUGCUCAUAGAGUCAGACUGGCCUUACAAAAAAGGAAAUAUCCUGCAUCCAGAGCAGCUAAGGCCAUUUCAGCAGGGACACAGCAUUCUGGCAAACGGGAAAGACGGGUUAGAGCAGGUAACAGGAACUGAGGAGAGACAAAGACAGCACAGGGUGUUGGAAGAGGAAGGGGAGGACAAGGAAAGCCAGGGACCAGAGGAUGAAGAGGAAGGAGGCCGAGGAGAAGGAGUAGAGGUCAUUGGGUUGACAAAAGAGAGCACUGGGGACAACCACAGUGGAGACACCGCAGAGAGUGCUAUCAAGAAAAUCAAACAACCAGAGUCUGAGUUUUUCAUGGCUGACAUGCUGUCACUCGAGGAUCAGCUGAUACGAGCGCGCUCAGUAGAAGUAGAAGCUCAGCUGAAACAGUAUAAGCUGUCCAAGACGUGUCUAACUGCUCCUGGCUUGUUGUCUGAGCAGUGGCGCCUGUUGGCGUCCAGCCACACUAAAGCUAAAGCUGAAGGUGCUCAAUCCCGAGUGAGUGCUUCAAUACCCUGUUACCCUCCGCCGCCCAACCUGGUGGACUACCAGGAUCCCACUGGACUCAACCUGUCAAUGCUUGGGAUGGGCUACCCCAUCAGCCCUAGCCUCUUCUCCUACAUGAACUCAGCUAUCCCUGCUGCAGCCACGAGUGUCACCGCCCAGACCCACGCCCAGCUUGCACAGCUUCCGUUCCUGGCGUCGGCCGCUCAGCUGAUGCACCCAACCUCUGGCACCCACAUUGACAGAGCGCUUAUCCCCCCACGCCUUUACUACCCCUUCCUGUGUGAGCAUACAUUCGGGCCUGCUUCCAGUCAGGGGGAAGCCACCAAAAACCUCAAGACGUCCAUGAACAGUCCAGAAGUUAAUCCACUCUCUGGUUUCCAGCCUAAAGUGAAUCUGUGGAAAGUGCCUGCCUUGCGGCCAGGGACAACAGCAGUCUCCCCGGCUGGCUGGGUUUCACCUCAAGGAGACCCCACUGAUCAAGGCUUUAGGCUGGGGGAUAAACUGCAGGCUACAGCCAAGGAAGGUAAAGCAAGCUGCGGCGUCAAGAGGACUGGCGCACCACUGGGGAACAAUGAGGCACCUGUGGAAAAGAAGCCAGCAAUGGGUUUCCCUUUGGACCUCUUGAAGAAUAUUCAGACUGCGUCAACUCUGAAUAUGGCAGCGGAGAAACUUCUCUUCCCUGGAAGUUUACAGGAUGCUCAGCUUCAGACUCGGCCCACUGAACUGUGGUACAACGAUGCUCUAACCAGUCCUAACAGCGAGACGUCCUCUCUUUCUACCAGUGGGGGACCCAACACCCAAGACUCGUCUGCCACCCAGACAAUGGGGGAGGGGGCUUCACAGUCUGUGGCUACUCUCCUUGGUGACCUCUCUAAGGCAUUGCAAGAGUACAAGGAGGCUGAACGCAAAAUUUCCCACCUGGAGAAGGAGGACCUUCCUGCUCAGCGCCACCUCUGGGAACAUCUGGGCAAAAUCCGCAGCGAGCUCUCUCACAUACACCAAGCGCUGGAACGGACUGCUUGCCAGAGUGAUGGGCCUCUCGACCUGUCAGUCAAGAAGGGCUCAUCGGAUUCUGUUUCUGACCAUGGUUUGAGAGAGGAUGCCAGCCUUAAGGAAAACACAACAGAGACAGAGGAUGAGGACGAGGAGAUGGAGGAAAAAAAGGAGGAAGAAGAAAAUGAGAGUGAGAGGAAAGCCAUGAAAGCUUCAUUGGAGAGUCGUAAACAAUCUUUGGACAUGCUGAUCAAAAUGAGUCAGGCAUCGCUGGUAAACACAGAGGUUCUUUCUUCAGGUGGCCUCGGCAUCAGGCCUACUUCUGCUGAGGCCUUGUGGCCAAGCAGAACCACAAAGUGUGAGGCAGAUUCCAGCGUCCUGCUCUGCCCUGACGGUCGAUCAGUAGUAUUCACCGAUAUCCCCUCCUCGGCCAAAACCCCAAAGAGACCCCCGUCAAUACAGCGUCUAGAAGCCCAGUGUCCGCCGAGCCCGCUGACAGCAACUGACAAUUAACCACAUCCUCCGAACUGUAAAAUAACUUGAUACAAUGCAGUUGUCUUCGA